GGUUGUCGGUGAUAUUGAGUGACACAGGAGAUGUAAGGAAUGACAAUAUGUGAUACGCGAAGUUUUCGUACCGUACCAUCAACAUGGCAUCUGUGCAAAGAGCGUUUGCUCAGAAAUUGUCAAAGCAACAUGCUGCAGAUGUUCGUAAACAGAUAGCUACGUCGUCAUAUCCAAGGGAUUUAACAAAAAGUGGCAGUAGUAUAUCUGGAUUUUCCUCCGUGGCAUCUCUGUGUGACACUGUAGAUCCAUUGGAUUAUGAGGAUUUCAUUCAGCAGCAUCAACCAUUACUGGAUCGAGAUCCGCUACAUCAUGUACUGGACUUUCCAGCUAAUGAUAUUAAAGUGGUGAUAAUUCCUCGGAGAAUUAGAACACAGUCACCCAUAGUUCCGGAAGAAACAUUGGAUGAGUUGUUUACUCAUGUUCGUGACUGUGUUCAGUUGUAUACUGAGGACUGGGUAGUUGUUAAUUACCAGUACCGUCAUUUGUCUAGCAGUAGUUGGGUGCGUGACCGAGGAGGUGAAAGGCAUAACCUUGUUCAAGCUAUACCACGUCAGGUAUUUGAAGUUGACCAUGAUCAACCUGUCUUUGUCAGCUGCUUUGAAGAUGAGGGCUGCAAGCCAGAUUCUGGUGUAUCUUCAGCACGUCAGUCUGUUCAUUCGGUUGACACUCCACGUGGAAGUUGGGCUAGUUUUGACCUUCGUAAUUCAGUGAGUGACUCCCUGAUCCCUUCCUUACUAGAGAGAGUUCCACCUGAAAAGAUAGACCAGUUGAAUGAAGUCCGACGUCAGGAGGAGAGACAGAGUGCAUUAUUCUCCUUGUAUCCACCAGAAGAUGAGGAUGAAGUUAUUGAGAAACGAAUACCAGCUGAAGUACCCUGUGAACAUGUUGUACAUCGCAUUCUUGUCAGAUGCAUGCAGCUGAAGUUGGAUCUGGAAGUGGAACCAAUUUUUGCAUCAAUGGCCCUGUAUGAUGCAAAAGAGAAGAAGAAACUGUCAGAAAACUUUUAUUUUGACAUGAAUCCGGAAGGAUUGAAACAUAUGCUGAGAUCUCACAUUCCGUACAGCGAUAUCAGUACAUCAAGUCGGUCCUGUAUUUUUGAUAUAACCUAUCCAUCAUCCGACAUGUUCUUGGUCAUCAAGCUAGAAAAAGUUCUGCAGGGAGAUAUAAAUGAUUGUACCGAGCCGUACAUGAAAGAUGACAAAAAUAGAGACAAAGUUCGUGCUAAUGCUGUGGCAGCAUGCGAGAGACUUGGGAAAUAUCGUAUGCCUUUUGCAUGGACAGCAAUUUAUGUCAUGAACAUUAUUAAUGGAGUGAACAGUUUGGAGCGGGAUUCUGGGAGUGACAAGGAGAGCACAGGUUCUAAUAGUCUGGAUCGCAAGUCAAGCAGUAGCAGUUUUGAUCAGUUCAGAAAAAGGGCAAGUGACAUGGGCUCCUUGACACGACGUGGUUCCCUGGAACGUCGUAGUAACUCUGAGAAGAGGAGAAGCUGGUCUCCAGAAGAUUUUGGCUCAAGUCUGGAUACAUUCCGUCCUGUCACUCUAACAGUAUCCAGCUUUUUCAAGCAGGAAAGUGAUCGUUUGCGAGAUGAAGACCUCUUUAAAUUCUUACAAGACCCAAAACGUCCAUGUUCUGUUAUGAAAAAAUUGAAGUGCAUACCUGGUGUGUUGAAGUUGGAUAUCUCUCCAUGCCCUGAUGAACCCAAAAAUUGUCUUACUCCUGAGUUGGCUCAUCUUCAUCCAUAUCCAGAUGUAAAUGCACGACCAACUAAGGAAGUACUGGAGUUUCCCCCAAGGGAAGUUUUUGUUCCACAUUACCUAUACAGGAAUAUACUGUAUGUGUAUCCCAAGGAGGUAAAUUUUGCUAGUCGAGCAGGGUCUGCAAGGAACAUUGCUGUGAAAGUUCAGCUCAUGUGUGGGGAGGAGGAUACUCAUGCACUGCCAGCAAUUUUUGGAAAGUCAUCAUGUCCAGAAUAUACAACUGAAGCAUAUACAACAGUCAGCUAUCACAAUAAGAGUCCUGACUUCUAUGAUGAAAUGAAGAUCAAGCUUCCAGCAAACUUAGGAGACCAGCAUCAUCUUCUCUUUACCUUCUAUCAUAUCAGCUGUCAGCAUAAAGUGGAACAGACCACAGUUGAAACACCAGUCGGCUAUACGUGGUUGCCAGUAUUCCGUGAUGGCCGCCUUCAUGCCGGGGAGUUCUGCUUACCAGUCAUGAUUGAACACCCUCCACCCAACUACUCUUACAUUCCACCUGAUGUCCUUUUACCUGGAACAAAGUGGGUGGACAACCAUAAAGGCAUAUUCUGUGUGAACUUGGAAGCAGUUUCAUCAGUUCACACACAAGACAAAUUCCUUGACCGCUUCUUGAGCCUGAAUACUGUCCUGGAAGAGGGGAACAUCCCAGCACGCAUUGGAGAAGCAAACAUGGAGUCUGAGUUGAAAGCUAGUAUACUGGACUUGAAUCAUGCAAAGCCAGAACCAUUGGUGAAGUUCUUACCACUCAUCUUAAACAAGUUAAUAUUGUUGAUGGUUAAACCCCCUUCAGUUCUUGGCCAAGUGAUGAACAUUGGACAGACUGCAUUUGAAGCAAUAGCUAUGCUCGUCAGGAAUGUUACUGCUUUGCAGGAGGGACAUCAUGAUCAACAUGGUCGCCAUAGUUUACUGACAACAUUUGUUACAUAUCAGUGCAUAUUGCCUCGCCCAGUUGGCGGCCAUCCGCUGAACAGUAUCUCUCCUCCACAAAGCCCUGGUUUCGUGCCACGUUCAACUUACAUCCCACCCUCUCGUGGCAGGCAUCUAAGGAGCAGUAGCAACCCAGAUAUGCAUACAGUUGGUGAUGAGGAUGAAGAAAUAAACACACUGGCUCGUGGCUUAGAUCGCACAUGUAGCAUGAGAACAGGUGUGGAAAAUGGGGGACCCAGUCAAGAAAAUAUUUUAUACCAGCUGUCCAAACUGCAGUUACCACAUAAGAUUGUACAUGAAGAACUGGCACUUCAGUGGGUGGUAUCAAGUGGUUCAGCUAGAGAGCUUGCAAUGGCAAAUUCAUGGUUCCUCUUAGAGCUUAUGGUAAAAAGUAUGGUAGAGCAUCUUGAUGCCACGCAAAGUCUGGAUGUCCCCCGAAAAAUGCGCUUCUCACAACAGUUUACUGAUGAUGCCACAACUUUGGUUGCAACGAUUACUUCAGAUAUCUGGGGCUGAUACAGUAGGUAUGCUAAGCUAACUCAGAACCUUAAUUCAAGCCUGGGAUUCUUUCUGUUCGAUCUCCUUUCUAUCAUGGACCGUGGCUAUGUAUUCUCCCUUAUAAGAAUGUACUGCAAACAAAUAUCAGCAAAGAUUUCAUCAUUGCCAGAUGCUAUCAGUCUCAUCAGUCUCAAGCUGGAUUUCUUGCGAAUUAUUUGCAGUCACGAACAUUUUGUGGCUUUGAAUCUCCCAUUUGGCACUCCGUUUAUGCCCAGCUCUGCACCUGCAUCACCCAGUCCUUCUAUUGCUUCAUCAACCAGUCAGUCAUCAUUCAUCUCAACACUUGUUGGUGGCGAUAAGGUGAACUUUGCUGAGCUUUCAGCAGAUUUCAGACAGCAGCAUUUCUUAGUUGGACUUGUGCUGAGUGAUCUUGCUACAGUUUUAGAUCUUCAGAACCCAAGUCUACAUAACAAGGUUGUUAAUCUUGUUCGUAACCUGAUGACGUGUCAUGACUGUGAUCCGCGUUAUGCUGAACCAGAAUGCAGAGCUCGAGUGGCUGCUCUGUAUCUGCCCUUACUGGGCAUCAUUAUGGAUGUGCUGCCACAGUUGCAUGGAUAUCAGAUGGAAACUAGAGGCCAGACGCUGUUUGCACCAACUCUGGACGAUACGGAGCCACAGAGUGGAAUCAACCAGUCAGUGGCUAUGGCAAUAGCUGGAACAUCAACAUUUGGGCAGAAAGCAAGUGGCACUGAGACAUAUCCAUCUUUCCAACAGAACCGUAAGUAUGGUCUGAGCAGUGAGACAACACGCAACCUGCUUAUAUGUUUCCUUUGGAUUAUUAAGAAUGUGGAUAAGACCAUGUUGAAGCAGUGGUGGACUGAGCUGCCCUCCCAAAGGUUACACCAGCUUCUGGAGUUGCUUAACAUCUGCAUCUCAUGCUUUGAAUAUAAGGGAAAGACGGCAAUUAAACGUUGUGCACAACAGAACUUUCAUAAAACAACUGACAUAAAGUCUCGUUUAGAAGAUGUGAUACUGGGGCAGGGCUCUGCUCGAAGUGAAAUGAUGAUGCGACGCAAAGAACGAAAUCCACCAUCUCCUGGUUGGCCUGGAGAUCGUUUACGCUGGAGGAAGGAACAGAUGGCGUACCGUCCAAGCUCUGAACUUCCUGAGCGUCCACGAGCUGAGAUUGAGACAGAUGCACACAUUGAAGGCAAUCUUGCAACAGAAGUUAGCUUUAUCAUAUUAGACACAUUAGAAAGGAUUGUUCAGGUAGCAUCCCAGCUAGACAACUUACAGAGCCUGCUGGGUGUUGUUCUGAAAGUGCUGCUGCAUGCACUUGGGCGAAACCAAAGCACAUGUGUGCUUCAGAACAUGUUUGCCACACAGCGAUCUCUUGUGUUCAAGUUUCCAAAUCUGCUGUUUGAUGAAGAAACUGAACAGUGUGCAGAUCUUUGCUUGCGUCUUCUCAAACACUGCAGCUCCAGCAUGAGCAGUGUCCGUUCACAGGCCUCUGCUUCACUGUAUCUUCUUAUGAGACAAAACUUCGAGAUUGGAAAUAAUUUUGCAAGAGUAAAGAUGCAAGUAACAAUGUCAUUGAGCUCUUUAGUUGGCACAAGUUCAUCAGUCAGUGAAGAAUCUCUACGGCGAUCAUUGAAAACAAUUCUGGUAUAUGCGGAGAAGGACACGGACCUACAAGAUACCACAUUUCCCGAGCAGGUCAAAGAUCUUGUAUUCAAUUUGCAUAUGAUACUGUCGGACACAGUUAAGAUGAAAGAAUUUCAAGAGGACCCAGAGAUGCUGAUGGACCUCAUGUAUCGUAUUGCAAAGGGCUAUCAGAAUUCUCCAGAUCUUCGGCUCACAUGGCUUGCAAACAUGGCUCAGAAACAUAUGGAGCGUAAUAAUCACACAGAAGCAGCAAUGUGCCUUGUGCAUAGUGCAGCCCUUGUUGCCGAAUAUUUACACAUGUUGGAAGAUGAGCCUCAUCUGCCUAUUGGAGCAGUAGGAUUUGAGAAAAUAACUCCAAAUUCCUUGGAAGAAAGUGCAGUUUCUGAUGAUGUCCUGAGUCCAGAGGAAGAAGGUGUUUGUCUUGGAAAGGAUUUUACAGAGAGUGGACUCAUAGGACUGCUAGAACAAGCAGCCAGUUCAUUCCACACUGCUGGAAUGUAUGAAGCAAUAAAUGAUGUUUACUCAAUAUUGAUACCAAUAGCAGAAGCAAAUAGGGAUUAUAAGAAACUUGCAAACAUACAUGGAAAACUGCAUGAUGCUUUCACUCGGGUGGAACAGUUGCAGGGCAAGAGAGUUUUUGGCACCUAUUUCCGAGUUGGUUUCUAUGGAUCAAAGUUUGGUGAUUUAAAUGGAGAAGAAUUCAUAUAUAAGGAACCAACACUUACUAAACUUCCAGAAAUUUUCAGUCGUUUGGAGAACUUCUAUGCUGAAAGAUUUGGAACAGAAAACAUAGUCAUUAUUAAGGAUUCCAAUGCUGUGGACAUGAGCAGCCUCGACCCAGAAAAGGCUUAUAUUCAGAUCACUUACGUGGAACCAUAUUUCGAAGCAUAUGAGCUCAGACACCGUGUCACAUAUUUUGACAGGAAUUUUAAUAUGAAAAGAUUUGUGUAUGCCACUCCAUUCACACCAGGAGGCCGAGCCCAUGGAGAACUGCACGAACAGUACAAAAGAAAGACCAUUCUUACCACAGCCAAUCAUUUUCCAUAUGUGAAGACUAGGAUACAAGUAAUUGACAGGAAGCAGAUUGUGUUGACUCCCAUUGAAGUAGCAAUUGAAGAUAUCCAAAAGAAAACAACGGAAUUGGCACAGGCAACACAGCAGGAGCCUCCUGAUCCCAAAAUUCUUCAGAUGGUACUCCAAGGAUGUAUAGGGACAACAGUGAAUCAGGGACCAAUGGAAAUUGCUGUAGUGUUCCUUUCAGAGUUACUCGAUGGCCAGAAACCUGCCACCAAACUGCAGAACAAGUUGCGGCUGUGUUUCAAGGAUUUCUCAAAAAAGUGUGCAGAUGCAUUGAGGAAAAAUAAAAAUUUGAUUGGUGCAGACCAGCGGGACUAUCAGCGUGAACUAGAGAGAAAUUACCAUCGUUUCACGGGCCGUUUAAUGCCUCUGAUAACAAUUAACAAUGUGGAAAGGUUCUUGCACAGCAGCCAUUAGACGAGCAAUUAUAUGUUUGGGGAACAACGUUAAUCACAUAUAUUCUGUACUCUAUUAAAGGACCUGCAGUUUUAUAAAGCAGAGUAAAUGUUACAUGUUUACUGAUAAUUUAUAAGGUUUUUCUUUUUUGCUACAUAAGGAUAAUGCUUGCUAUCAUUCAGUCCAGAACCUUUUGUCUUCUCGUCUGCUGU